AUGUCACGGCUUUUGACACGUGUGCUACACCCAUGGCGAACCAUUAAGCGACAUCAUACCAAGAAGCAUUCAUCUGAGCAGCAACAACAAUCAUUCACCAGCGCCUCAUCCACCGUUAUUGUUGCGCCUUCGCUUUCAUUCUCGACAUCAUCUUGUUUGACCGAGUCCCAAUACUAUCGAGAUGAUCUGGUGCGUGUAGAUGCUUUGCAAUAUGCCUUAAACCGACAACAUGAUAAGGAUGGCAAUGAGGAUUUCUUUUGCAUAUGGAACGAUGAGCUUGAUCGAGUAUACGAGAGGAGCCGUGUAGCACUAGGAUCGUUGGAACAAAGGGUGGACGAGCUUUGCAGUGAGAUCUGCAUCAUUGCCUCUCCUUUGCAAAACCCAAAUUGUCGUUCCUUGCAGCAUGCCCAACAGCUCAUAUCCAAUUAUUUGCGUGAAUGGCAAGUAGCCCCAGGUCAAACCACUAGCCAGCGACCCAAAAGCCAACUCGUAACAAGGGAGAAAGAUGACAAUGAUGAGGACAAAAAGAUUGUAUCGGGAGAGAAAUUUCAAGAAAGCAACAUGUCAUUUGAUGUUUACUUCCAAGGUCUCAAGGAGAGGGUGCUAUCUUCUAACGACGCCCAUCCGGAGCUAACAAGGUGCAUCCAAUUGGUCUGUCAAUGGGAGCAUGACCUCUUUCUAUUUCAACAGUACUUGGAUCAACAAAUGUUGAUUUUGUGGGACGUGGCUCAUCACCAGCCAUCUAUUCUUCACUUGCUACAGUCACGUUGGCAUCGACGUUACAAUCAAUGCACACAAGGGGCUCAGGCGCUUCAAGAUAGAACCUUAUUGGAGAAGAGUGCGCCAUCACGUGAAGAUUUUACAUGUGCGAUUUGCCUAUGUGUCCUUUCAGAGCCAGUGACGCUUGCCAAUUGUCUCCACACUUUUUGUCGAUCAUGUUUGCAACGUCUUUAUUGUACAUGCACCUCACCUUAUUGCAACAGCCCAUGUCAUUAUACAUCACGCCAUUAUCGGCGGCAACGUCACCGGCAAUCAUCCAUCUCAUACAGCAAAAAGAAACAAAAGCUACUUGCCUGCCAGUGUAAUUUCAGCAUGCCUGUUCAGCAUGCAUGCCCCUUAUGUCGAUCAUCUUUUACGGUGCAGGAUUGUACAAUGAAUGUGGCUCUCGAUAACUUUAUUACUUUAUACUUUCCAUACGAAGAAAACUCGACAAUGAAUAAUCCAAGUGGUCGUCAGCAACGCAACAAGCGACGUUCAUCUAUUUAUCAAGCUGUACAACAAUGGCUCAAUGGGGAUGAUUUACAAGGCCAAGAGCCACCACCUCUUCCCACCACCACUACUACUACUAGUAAUACCUCUCCUUCAACGGGAGCUGGAACAAGGUAUGACAGUAGCAUUCGCCCUGAAUCUACCGCUGCAGGAUACGACGCGUUCAAUCGUGAUCUUUAUAAUCUGGCCCGUCGUUCGUGGUGGUUUUAA